AUGCGGAAAGAGGUGCGCAGAGUCGAGCACGUAGCAGUUAGGCAGCAGCUUGCACGCCUUGAAGUCGUUCUCCAGGCUGUGGCCGACCACAAACGUCUGUGUAUCGAUGUGUCGCUUCAGCUCCCGCUGGCAGUCCUGCAGCGUCGUCUCCACGUCCUGCAGCAUCGCCUCGUCGACGCCACUGUAGCGGGUGAGGUAGUCCACCACCGCACCGCCAGGCUUCACAAGCGUGUCGAGCACAACAGCACCAGCCCGCACAUCCACCAACGUAAUACGCGCCAACGCACUCACUCGGUUCGCUAUGAGCACCAUCUCACAGUCAAGCGCAAACACACGUGGGGGCUCAUUGUUGUUAUCGUUGGUGCUGCCGCCACUGGCUGA